AUGGUGCACGACUUCCGCGACUAUGCGCAGGGUGUGGUGGAGCGAUACCGUCUCUGGAACUUGCACGGCGAUAGAGGCGAAUUUGGGCGGCUGGCCGGCUACGAGGGCAUCCGAAGCGCCAUCCUGGCCGCCGAGGAUGUCUUCAAGGACCAUGUCGUGCUUUACAAGACGAUCUCUCUUUACGGAUGGUGGAUGGCCUGGCUCGCAUGGGGCGUCUUCAUCGAAGAGCCCCUGGUGUUUGACAACAGUCUCCUGGACAAGAGGCUUUUCUUUGCUCCGCUGCAGCUUCGGGUGUUCGAGGAUGGGAACAUGUUCCCCAGCUUCGUGCAAAAUGCUUCCGUUUGCUUGAGGUAUUCCGCCUUCAAAAUGGUGCGCGAAGCGGAUGCCGGCAGGGCAAAGCUGCUUGGGGAUGGCACGAUGUCCUACGGCUUCCACCGGGUCGGGAGCAAGCGCAAGAGGAAGCUCGUUUACGUGGUUCACUACCACCAAAUCGGCGACGACCUGCUGUAUCGAAGCUGCCAUGACUUGGUCUACUGCGAGUUGGACGACAUGAACAAGCGGGUCGCGCCCCUCUUGACUGAGAGUGAGCUCGCGCGGCAAGGGAUCGAGACGGGCAAGCAGUUUGCCGAGUACCUGGAUGCGAAGGUCGGCGCCUGGAGGGACUCGCAGCACCCGAGCCAUUUUGAUGGCCUGUUGGCGACGGUGGGGGUACCGGAUCGGCUCAUGAAAGCCAACCUCAACCUUUUGGGGUCUGCGACGACCGAUGCCUGGCAGACAGAGCGGCAAAGUGCCUGGGAGCAGUUCCUCGACCCGAUGAAGCCCGCCGCAGAUCUCACUGCCGAACUCAAUGGCCACAAUGGACAAGCUGGAGACCUUGGGGACAGGCUUCCGCUUCUCGAGCUCAUGCUCAGGAACUCCACGGAUGAUGUGAAGGAGAGGGUCCGCAACCUCCUUUCGCUGCUUCAGUGUGCCACUUUCAUGCGUUUUCGAAUGAAGGAGGCGAUUAUGGGCCCUUGCUGGCGAGGGAACCGUGGUCCUUUCCCUCUGGUGGUGGCGAAGCGGGACUUAGACGCCAUUGCCAGCCGACAGACGAAGGAUGCCAUCCGCCUGCUGGACCAGGACACGGCCAAGCACUCGGAGGACCUCGGCGAGGGAUGGAGCCGCGUCCUCCUCCAGAUGGUGUUCGCGCCCGAGCUGGCCGAUCGCUUGGCCUACGUCAGCACGAACUACCUGGCUAGCGACAAGUCGCCAGGGAACCUCGAACCCGAGUACAAGAACAUGAGCUUCACUCAGGCCUACGAGCUUCUCAAAAACAGGGAUGCUGGAGACGAGGUCACUGUCCGAGUGCUCAUGCGCCAAAGCCAGUCCCAUGAGUCUGCCCUGCCCACGUACGUUUCACAUGGGAAGGUUUUCCAGGAUCAGAAAUACAUGACCCUGGUGCAGCAUGUCCUGAAUGACAUGCGCGCCACCCUCUUGGGUGAGAUGGUCUUGCCGGAGCCGCAACCUCCCUGGUGGCUUUGGGCUACGUUGGGCGUUCUGGCUGCCGCUGUGGCGGCAGUUUUCCUGCGCUGGCGCUUCGCGGCAGCACGGCCGCGGGCGCGGCUCCUCAGCGACUCCGGUCUGGCUCUUGCUUCUGGGGGGUCGGACUCGGGCGUGGAGCUGACACACAAGAGCUUCGCCCAGUGA